AUGACGGACAAUGAGGAAACAGUACCUGCUGCCCUGUCUUCCGUUCUCGAUAUGCAGGUGGACGUGAUUGGGUCGCCCACUGAGGUCGCUGACACGUCGGACGUUGACAUUGUCAACUCUCCCGUCUCUGAGGGGGGAACCUUCAUCAAGGAGGAGGAGAAGGUCAAGACCAAGCUCGAGAAACGAAAGCGGGAGCGGAAAAAGCAAAAGGAUGGCAUGGCCCCCCCCGUCUUCAACACCGUUCCGGACAGUGAAGAUGAGGACCUUGAGAGUCCCUCCAAGAGGUCCAAUGGGGUGCCCAGUGGAUCUGGAGAGCGGCCUCUUCGUGCUUCUGACAUCAAAGAGAUCCUCGUUGGCCAUGUGCAAGAGAUGAAGAAUGCCUGGACUUCCUUUCAAGGUUGUCAAAAGGAUGUCCUCCACCAGCGACAAGUGGCACAGGAACAGGCAGUCAACCUUGACAGCCUCACAACCGAUGUCAAAAACAUGAAGGUCCGUCUGGAUGCGAUGGAGAAAAGUGGGAGGAAUUUGGCGGCCCCGCCUGUAACUGCGGCUGGCAACCCUGACCCAUGGGGUGAAUUUCUUCGUAGACGUGAUCUUGGACAUGCUUCCGAAGGUGCCAAAGCUGCUGGGGGUGCUUCUGGAUCUGGAGAUGUGCCUGACAAGGGUGAUCUUUUGACCGAGGAUGAGAAGAAGACAUUGGUGCUCGGAGGGUGGCUUCAAGAUACAAGGAGGAGCACCAUCGAAGAAGAAUCCGCCUUUCUUUUCGAGCUUCCCGAGGUGAAGAACAUUGUUGAUGCCGAAAAGCUGCUGGUGUAUGGACCGCGUCGCUCCGUUGGCGUGUUGAAGUUCAAGAUUCGCGAUGGGGAAACCGAGAAGGAGAUGCGUGAGCGCAUGUGGCAAGUCAUCCGGGUCUUGGCACAAGCAAAGCACAUCUUGCCAAGCACAAGGACGGCUGGGGAUGAUCGAUCGCUGUGGGCUAGUUUCGUGAAGACCAAGAACGCCCGCCUCCGAAGCACCCACGUCAGCAUGAUUCGGAGGGUGACUAUGUCCUUGGCGAAAGAUGCUCACCACGCCAGCGGUGGCAGGCAAGGGAAUGGGUUGAAUUUGCAAACUACUGCCUACGACUGCGACUGGAACUUAGGUACAAUCUGGUGCGGUGCCCUCAAACUCGGCAGUUCCACCCAUCGCGUCCCGAAGGAAGAGGAAACAGUUGUCAUGACAGGGGGGUGGGUGAGCAUCACAGCGGUCGCAAGAACGGCACUCUGUUCUACCGAGGAGGCAAAGCGUGCCUUCGAGGAGAUUGGUGGCCCGCCUUCUGGCUUGUGUGCAAAACAUCGCUGGGGACGAGUUGGCCAAUGGAACAUUGCAGGGCAGAAACUUGACUUGCUCGACGUCGCCGCAAAGGACCUUGACAUUCUCUUCGUUCAGGAGAUCUCGCGGGACAAGCCGGGGUGGGAACAGCUGGAUCGGGAUGAAUUCCACUGGGUCGUACAUCGCAAGGAUGAGCAAUGGCGUGGGGUUGGAAUCGGCAUCGCUGGGGAUAAGUUUGAUUCAGUCAUCUUCAAGAGGGCCACGAGCAGAGGCAUAUGGGUGGUCCCCAGAUGGGUUCAGGGUGACUCCUCCGCACUUGAGGUCUCUGACAGUGGGGCGAACCUCAAUGCCCUCCUCCAUGAGAGCAUGCUUCAGGGGAUCAAGCCGGUCUCGCCUCAAGCAGUUUUCGCACGUGCCUGGACCCAUUUCCCUCGUGAUGAACGGCGCUCAGGAAGGCACAUCGACAUGCUGCUCGGCCGCCAAAUGCACGUCACCGCCUUUGAAAUUGACCCCGACCGACGCCUAGCCAUUGGCUCAGAUCACGCCCUACUUUUUGCUGACAUUUGGGUAGCUGGUGGACCUGCUCGAGUUCGUUGGACAAAGGAUUCGCGCGCCAGAUGGGUCACCCAGAACCUUCCGGAUGUGAUCAUUGUUGAUGAUGGAGACCUCACCGCGCUUGCCAAAACAUGCACGCGUCCCCGGACAUCUUCGGCUUUCAAAGAUGAUGCUGAAACACAUGCUGCCAUCCGCUGUGCCAAGGAGACCAAUGAUGCUCGUGAGUGGAAACGGGUGCACCGACUUCGUCAAGCCAAACGCAAGAAAUGGCGACGUGACCGCCUCUCCGCUAUCCUCUCCGGGGAUUGGGACCAGUACCGUAUGUUGCAGGCUGAGAAAAAGCGUGUGAAGGGGUGGUGGGGUGACUUGCUACGGGAUCGUUCUGCGGCACAAUUGACCUCUGAGAUUCAAGACCACCUCGAGGAGAAGAUGACAGACCGCGCAAGACCUGGACAGUGGGACGCUCAACUGCAAGACAUCAUUGACAGCUGCGAUCCCGUACAGGAUUUCGAGCCGUUCCAAUUGCACGAGGUCUGGGAAGAACUUCAGCACAUGAAAUGUCGCAGCGCUGUUGGGCCCGACCUGAUAGGUGUUCAUCUUUUGAGGGCGAUUGCCUCACAUGAGACCCUCGGGGAGCAGUUUGUUGAGCUAAUUAACCACAUCGUGCGGACUCAAGAACUGCCAGCGAGUUGGGAGGAAAGCUUUCUGGCACUGCUCGCCAAGGUGCCAUUGCCGCAGCGACCCGCAGACCUUCGCCCCAUCUGCGUGUCAAGUGCAUUUAACAAGUGCGUCAACCGCCUCGUCUGCUCACGUGUCCUGCCUGUCCUCCGGGGUGGCUCGAAGAUCAGCUGUUGUGGACGUGGACGCCAGGCAGCAGAUCUGGUGGGGUGUGUGACCAGGAUCCGGGAUGUAUGUCAUGAAUGGAAAAUGCCGCUUCUUCUCUGUAAACUUGACGUGGCAGGUGCCUUCGAUCGCGUCAGAAGGGGUGAAGUUGCUGGCUUCCUCCGUGACAAACUUUGCACUUCUGGGAUGAAUGCUGAACUCCGCUACAUGUUGUCUCAACUGCGUACUCACAGCCUGCGAGGCACGGCUCCAGGAGGCAUUGACUUUGUCGUCCGCCCUGAUGUGGGGAUUAAACAAGGAGCACCAGAGAGUGCUGAAAUCUUCGGCCUACUCGUUGACUCCUUGAUGUCCUCAUUGACAAUGUGUCGGCAAUGGCUCGCCAUGGGCAAACCGUUUGACGAUGUUGACAUUGACCUCCUCUUCUAUCAGGACGACAUCUUCCUGGUUGAAACUUCUCUCACCAGACUCUGUCGCAAAAUCAAGGCUAUUGACAAAUGCCUCAAGACUGCAGGGCUGAGCCUCGCCACCGAGAAGACCAAGAUCGUCGCCAACGAACAUUACGUUGGAGCUCGUAGGGCUGAGAUCGCGGGGGACAUGUUCGUUGUGUCUGAGGCGGGUGAGGCUCUCAAGGUUCUCGGUCUCAACUUCAGCUUGAGUCGCUGCCAAGCUGAGCAGUCCCAGGAACUCAUUGCCCGCACCAGAGAGGCUGUCUCCGCGCACAGAGAUAUCCUUCAGGCACAUGGUGCAUGGGUGCAUAAAGUCCAUGUCAUGAAGAGCCUUGUGGAAGCCCAAUUCAACUGGAUCGCUGGGGCAGUCUAUUGGUCUCGUGAGGAGCCGCACAGCUUGAACCUCUUACAGCUUCACACCCUGCGCUCUGCUUUUCAUCUCCAUCGCCUCGAUGCAGAGUCUUGGGUUGAUUGGAAUGCCCGCAGUUUGCGGUUUGUUCGCGUGUGGAUGGUGAACAAUUCAGUGACUGAGUACUUGGUCAAGCUCCUCCCCUGCCCCUCGACCUGCCACUGUCUCCCCUUGGACUUCGGGUUUCUUCUCCAGUUCUCUUGGACCCCUAUGGCGCCGACCCCUCCAUGGCUGCUCUUCCUUCUCCUCGGCGCCCUCGCCAUGGACGACGGCAAGAACUUCAAGUACUGGGAGAAAUGGAGCGAUGAGGAGAUUGCGGCGAGAAAGGCUGAGGAGCUUGGGGUGACGUUCCUGUUGAGAUUGUUGGGAUGUUGCUGGCACCGAGGAGACGCGGCCGCUGACCUCGUCGACACCCGCUUCAAGCUCGACCUCGUGGUGGCCCACCUCUACCUGUACUACGAUGAGGAGCUCUUUGAAUUCCAGCAGGGUGACCUCCUGGCCCCAAUCCCUGAGGUCACGACCCAAAGGACGAGGAAGUGGACUGGUGGGAUCUUCUACGUGAUCGUCGUGGCCUUCGCGGACGUCCUCGACUCCCUUCCCCACCUCGUCAACCUGGCCGACCAGGCUGCAGCUGGAUCGACCUCUUCCUCCUCCUCGUGUAGACUGGUGUCCUUCUAUGACAGCAACCUCCUCAGCACAGCAGGUGAAUGGCAAGCCCGCGCGAGAACGCCCUCAGAGGAGCGCUCUCAUCGUGGAGGAGAGUGGAAGCCUUCCUGGCUUGUGAAAUACAUCGAUGAAAAACACCAGCGCUUCGCCGAGACCACUGCCUGCCCUACUUCCGGGGAUGGUGAGACUGACCCCGACAAGCAUCCGCCCACCGCAGAUGCUACAGAGCAACCUUUGGGAGAGUGGGUGGUCAGAUGCUUCUACUUGGUGGGGAACGUGGUCUUGGACGAGUUCCUGGUGGUCUUCGGGCUGUUGGACAUCGACUUCUACCUCGACUUGGCCGCCGAGCUCGACGUCGUCAUCAUGCCCGCCGCCCACCACUACGGCUGCCACGAAAUGGGGGGACGUGCAGGUGCCCUUGCCAUUUGGGGUGCUCUUCCAGUUGGACCGCUGGCUGUUGGGGGUGACUUCUGUCUGACUCCAGCCUGCCUGGGCUGGUUGGGACUGGCCACUACUACAUCCACUUCCAUGUCUGCGCCGGAGGGGGAUUUUGACUUCCCGCCGAAUCAUGGACUCUUUCCUGAAGUUCGUCCUAUCGGCAGUGACGAUGAGGCAAGCCCCUGGGUGCUCCAGCUUACUGGCUCUGAACGUCGUCAUCUGCAGGAAGCUGGACUGCCGACCCGAGCCCUGCAGCGGGUUGAAGACCUCCUUCAAUCCCUUGAGGACCAUCAGUCGGCUGACCACGGGCCGGAGGCUCGGUGGGCGUUGGGCAGACUUGCACAAAGGGUUGAUGAGGCUCUUGACAGCAUGCAGUCUGCCCUGAACAUCUUGGCACGCCAGCUACAACCACGGGGAGUUUGGCCGGUGGUUCGAGCUCCUCGCGCACAAGUAGAUCAGCUGCGGCUUUUCAACUGGAUGAGGAGAUAUGAGGAUAUUUUCUCGCAGACCUUUGAGCACCACCUGGCCACACCGCUGCAGCCGACGGAGUUCCCUGGUAGUGGUCAGUACGGACAACUGGUGGCGCAACAACAACAACCCGAACGUGCUCGGUCUCGAAGCCCGCCACGUGCUGCACCUGCUGCGAACCCCACCUCGCCCGAGUCUGCGGAAGAGGAAUUGGAAACAGCGGCUGAUGAGGUCCUGGAGGAGCACCCCGACUCUGCUGUGGAAGUCCUCCCGCCGCUGCACGUAGCUGUUGGCGUCGCAGCGAUGCCGGGCAUGCAAGAAGUUCUUCAAGGUCAACUACAAGGUAUAUGGGUGGAGGAUGAGGUGACCCUCAUGGAGACAUCGGCGACUACCUCCACAUCCACCACGACCUCCUCGACGCUUUUGUGGACAAGCCUCUUCAUUGGGACGACGUCGACCACAUCCACGACCUCGGUGACCCCUACACCGGACGAAAUCGUGAGAAACGCCACCGCACGCGAACUGGUGUACGCUAAUACAGCCGACGUUAUCGAUAUGGCCCACAGACUCCUGGCCAGAUCUCGUGUCUUGCUCAGGAACCAACGACUGCUCUGUGAGGCAGUGGAGGAGGCCUUGUUGUGGUUUCCGACGCCACCUCAGGCCCCGGCACUGAACUCACCCACUAUGGACGCCAGACUUUGGGGUGUGAUUGCGUGCGCUGCUGCUACGGGGGACCCGAAGUUGAAAGCAGCCUACCUCACCUCACUCGCCGCACGACUGCUGGUCUACGUCGACGUCUUUGGCAACACCAUGUCAACGAAUCCCAGGAAGUUCCUGUACCCGCAGCUGCUGCGCCUCUUCUGCGCCCCCCACGCCGUGGAGACAGCUACUUACGACGCCGUCAUCGUGUUCCUCGACCUCCACCUCAACCUCUUCGUCUUCAAGCUGGUCGCCCUGACCUGGAGGACCGUGAGGCCGUGA